CGCUCAGCCGAGCGCCGAGGCGCGCUUUCAGGAACAAUAACAGUGCAGGCGGCGAGGGGCCCGGCGCCGCCGCCGCCCCCCCCCGCGCGCGCCAUGUACGCCUUUGUGCGGUUCCUGGAGGACAACGUCUGCUAUGCGCUGCCCGUCUCGUGCGUGCGGGACUUCAGCCCCACGUCCCGCCUCGACUUCGACAACCAGAAGGUCUACACGGUGUACCGCAACCCGCGCGAGGCGGAGGACGAGGACGAGAGCUCCGGCGACUGGGGCGACCGCCUGCUGCUGCACAAGGCCCAGAUCCUGGCGCUGGCAGGGUGUUACUUACUCUGUUUUAUGGUGUCAUUACAAGAAUUUAGAACUAACCAUUGGAGGUCCUGUGGAGAGAUGCUAAUUUUGAAAAAGUGGAAGUCUGUGACUAAGCACACACAACCGGUAUCCACAAUGGCACUUUUCAAAGAUAUUCAUAGAACACUUCGUGGAUUACAGUUUGAAGAAGACAAAACUGACCUUGAAAACAGUGUGAUGCAGAAGAAAAUUAAAAUCCCCAAACUCUCUCUCAAUCACGUAGAAGAAGCUGGGGAGGUUACAGAUUAUGGGGAAGAAGAUGUGGAGCUUAGACACAGUAAGAGACAAGACGGGAGGAAACAAAGCGAAGGCACACACAAAAGCAUCGAAGCAGUUGUUGCUCGCCUAGAAAAGCAAAACGGGAUGAGUCUUGGUAGUAGUUCAAGCCCUGAGGAAACCUUUAUGGAGACUUCGGAAGGCAUUAACAACAUGGACGAUGCUGUAAUUCCUCGUGUUCUCUAUGAAGAAUUGCUGAGGAGUUACCAACAGCAGCAAGAAGAAAUGAGACAUAUUCAGCAAGAACUUGAGAGAACACGGAGGCAGCUUGUGCAGCAGGCAAAAAAGCUAAAGGAGUAUGGGGCAUUAGUGUCAGAAAUGAAAGAGCUCAGAGACUUGAACAGGAGACUUCAGGAUGUGCUGCUUCUGAGAUUAGGCAGUGGUCCUGCCAUUGAACUUGAAAAAGGAAAACCAGAAUCCAUUGAGCCUGAGCCUGAGAUACAGAAAACAUUCAGUGAGGAAGCGAAUACAUCAACAUACUAUCCUGCCCCUGUUCCAGUAAUGGACAAGUAUAUUCUCGAGAACGGAAAGGUCCAUCUGGGCAGUGGAAUCUGGGUAGAUGAGGAGAAAUGGCACCAGCUGCAAGUAACGCAAGGAGAUUCAAAGUAUACAAAAAACCUAGCUGUAAUGAUUUGGGGAACAGAUGUUCUCAAGAACAGAAGCGUCACAGGAGUUGCAACCAAAAAAAAGAAAGAUGCAGUUCCCAAGCCACCUCUCUCACCUCACAAAUUAAGCAUUGUCAGAGAAUGUUUGUAUGACAGAAUAGCACAAGAAACUGUGGAUGAAACUGAAAUUGCACAGAGACUCUCCAAAGUCAACAAGUACAUCUGUGAAAAAAUCAUGGAUAUCAAUAAAUCAUGUAAAAAUGAAGAAAGGAGGGAAGCAAAGUACAAUUUGCAAUAAAUUUUGGAUUUUUAAUAAAGUCUUAGUGUUUUACUUA